AUGUCUGUUACAGAACCAAUCGUUAAUGGGACAUCAUCCGUCACCAUUAACGCUUAUUCUAAAGAUUCUUUCCAAAAGGCUGUUGAAUUCUAUGCCAAGUUUCUAGAAUUGGAAUGUUCAUCAAAGAAUGAUACUUUUGUUAUUUUAUCUAAUGGUCUAGUCUCUUUGAACAUUGUUUUAUUAGAAGACUCCAAAAAAGAUAAACAAGCUAAUGAAAAGAUUAAGUUCUUGGAAUCUAUCUCUAAAACCCAAGACUGGAGGAGCCAUGUUUCUCAAUCUUUAGUUUUCAACACCAUUGACAUCGUCUCUUUACAAAGUGCUUUACAAACUUUACAAUUCCCAUCUCAAGUUUACCCCUCUCCUCUAUCUCCAAUGGAAAUCUACACUAUUGAUCCAGUUGGUAACAUCGUUGGUGUUACUUCUACUAAAAAUGCUGUUUCCACUAAGCCAAUCAACAACAAUGGUAACGACAGCUGUGUCAGCAUCUUAAGCUCUUCUACUACCACUACCAGAUCUCCAUCCGGUUUACCAACCCGUGUUCAUUCUUUAACUGAUUUGUCAUACCGUAUGAACACAACAGAUGCUUACCCAUCUUUGCCAAAACAAUCCUCUUCCGCUUCUACCAACGUUGAUGGUGAAAAGAAGGCUAUUGCUGUCAUGACCUCUGGUGGUGAUGCCCCAGGUAUGAACUCCAACGUCCGUGCAAUUGUCCGUUCUACUUUAUUCAAAGGCUGUCGUGCAUUCGUUGUCAUGGAAGGUUACGAAGGUUUAGUUCGUGGUGGUCCAGAAUACAUUAAAGAAGUCGGCUGGGAAGAUGUCCGUGGUUGGUCCACCGAAGGUGGUACCAACAUUGGUACUGCUCGUUGUUUAGAAUUCAGACAACGUGAAGGUAGAUUGCUUGGUGCUCAACACUUAAUCGAAGCUGGUGUUGAUGCUUUAAUUGUCUGUGGUGGUGAUGGUUCUUUAACCGGUGCUGACUUGUUCAGAUCUGAAUGGCCAUCUUUAAUCAAGGAAUUAUUAGACACCAACAGAAUCUCUCAAAAACAAUACACACGUUAUCAACACUUGAACAUCUGUGGUACUGUUGGUUCUAUUGAUAACGAUAUGUCUACGACUGAUGCCACCAUCGGUGCCUACUCUGCUUUGGACCGUAUCUGUCAAGCCAUCGAUUACGUUGAAGCUACUGCCAACUCUCAUUCUAGAGCUUUCGUUGUUGAAGUUAUGGGUAGAAACUGUGGUUGGUUAGCUUUGUUAGCUGGUAUCGCUACUUCUGCUGAUUACAUAUUUAUUCCAGAAAAGCCAGCUUCUAACGGUGAAUGGGAAGACCAAAUGUGUGAAAUUGUAUCCAAACACAGAUCCAAGGGUAAGAGAACUACCAUCGUUAUUGUUGCUGAAGGUGCCAUUGAUGCUGAUUUGAACCCAAUUACUCCAAAACAAGUCCACAAAGUCCUUGUUGAUAGAUUAGGUUUAGACACAAGAAUCACCACUUUAGGUCACGUUCAAAGAGGUGGUACUGCUGUUGCCUAUGAUAGAAUGUUAGCUACUUUACAAGGUGUUGAAGCUGUUAAUGCUGUUUUGGAAUCCACUCCAGAAACUCCAUCUCCAUUAAUUGCUAUCAAUGAAAACAAGAUUACCAGAAAACCAUUAGUGGAGUCCGUUAAAUUAACAAAAUCUGUUGCUGAUGCAAUUAAAGCUAAAGAUUUCAAAAAGGCUAUGUCUUUACGUGACACUGAAUUUGUAGAACACUUGAAUAACUAUAUGGCUAUUAACACAGCAGACCAUGUUGAAGCAAGAUUACCAGCUGAAAAGAGGUUAAAGAUUGCUAUUGUUAACGUCGGUGCUCCAGCUGGUGGUAUUAACUCUGCAGUAUAUUCUAUGGCCACAUACUGUAUGUCUCAAGGCCACAAACCAUAUGCCAUCUACAACGGUUGGUCCGGUUUAACCAGACAUGAAUCUAUUAGAUCUUUGAACUGGAAAGAUAUGAUUGGCUGGCAAUCUCGUGGUGGUUCUGAAAUUGGUACUAACAGAGUUACCCCAGAGGAAGCUGAUAUCGGCAUGAUUGCUUAUUACUUCCAAAAGUACCAAUUCGAUGGUCUUGUAAUUGUCGGUGGUUUCGAAGCUUUUGAAUCCUUAAACCAAUUACAAAAGGCUAGAGACUCAUACCCAGCUUUCAGAAUUCCAAUGGUAUUGAUCCCAGCUACAUUAUCUAACAACGUUCCAGGUACAGAAUACUCCUUAGGUGCCGAUACUGCCUUAAAUGCCUUAAUGCAAUAUUGUGAUAUUGUUAAACAAUCUGCUUCCUCUACUAGAGGUAGAGCCUUCGUUGUUGAUGUCCAGGGUGGUAACUCUGGUUACUUAGCUACUUGUGCUGCAUUAUGUGUUGGUGCUCAAGCUUCCUAUGUUCCAGAAGAAGGUAUUUCUUUGGAUCAAUUACAACAAGAUAUCAACAGUUUAGCUGAAGCCUUUGAAAGAUCUGAAGGUAGAAACGGUUUUGGUAAAUUGAUCUUAAAGACUACUAACGCCUCCAAGGCUUUAGCAGCUGAAGAUUUAGCCAAUAUCAUCACUGAUGAAGCUAACGGUAAAUUCGACUGUAAACCAGCCUACCCAGGUCAUGUCCAACAAGGUGGUUUACCAUCCCCAAUUGAUAGAACUAGAGCUACCAGACUGGCCAUUAGAGCUGUCGAUUUUAUCGAAAAAUCUCAAGAUAUUAUGGCUACCUCUCGUGCUGCUAAUGACUUUUAUAAUAAUGAAGAUAAGCAAGUGGAGAAUACUGCUGCUGUCUUAGGUAUCAAGGGCUCUCACAUUGUUUUCACUGGUAUUAGACAACUUUACGACUUCGAAACUGCUGUUUCCAAAAGAAUGCCAAAGGUUAUUCACUGGCAAGAUACCAGAGCUAUUGCUGACCAUUUAGUUGGCAGAAAGAGAGUGGAUUAA